UCCUCCUCCUCUCUCUCUCUCUCUCUCUCUCUCUCUCGGUUUCGAGUGGGAUUCCCAGAUCUUGGAGUCUGUCCUUCCAUACGGAUUGGGGGCGAUUUGGAAAGACACAACCCAAUGGCUGGUGCGGUAGACGUGGCGCAGUGCAAGAACAAGAACCUCUCCAAUGGUACCGAGAGAAAGGCUUGCUGCGCUGGCAAGGGGCCAGGCUACGCGUCACCCCUCAAAGCGAUGUCAGGGACAAGAGAGACAUUACUCUAUGUCACUUGCAUCUAUCAUGGAACUGAAAUAGAGAAACCCGAUUACUUGGCAACAGUGGAUGUUGAUCCUAGCUCACCGACAUAUUCUAAAGUUAUCCACAGGCUGCCUGUGACCCAUGUAGGUGAUGAGUUGCAUCACUUUGGCUGGAAUGCCUGCAGCUCCUGCCAUACUGAUCCAUCAGCGGUUCGGCGUUUUCUGGUCUUGCCUUCUUUGGUGUCAAGCCGCAUAUAUGUUGUUGACACUGCAACGAAUCCAAGAGCUCCAUCUUUGCAUAAGGUGGUUGAGCCGACAGAUAUUGAGGAAAAAACAGGAUUAGCAUAUCCUCACACUUCCCAUUGUCUUGCAUCUGGUGAAAUAAUGCUGUCUUGCCUUGGAGACAAAGAUGGAAAUGCAGAAGGGAGUGGCUUCCUUCUCCUAGAUUCAGAUUUCAAUGUGAAAGGAAGGUGGGAAAAGCCAGGUCACAGCCCACAGUUUGGCUAUGAUUUCUGGUACCAGCCUCGACAUGAGACCAUGAUUAGUACAUCAUGGGGGGCUCCUGCAGCUUUUACAAAGGGCUUUAAUCUUGAGGAUGUUAAAGACGGAUUAUAUGGAAGACACCUCUUUGUAUACAGCUGGCCUGGUGGUGAAUUAAAACAAACAUUGGACCUAGGCAGCACAGGGCUCUUACCCCUAGAAAUAAGAUUUCUCCAUGACCCUACCAAGGACAUCGGCUAUGUUGGCUGUGCUUUGAGCAGCAACAUGGUGAGAUUUUUCAAGACUGCAGAUGGAACCUGGAAUCAUGAGGUGGUGAUAUCUGUGCCACCACUGAAGGUGAAAAACUGGAUUCUCCCUGAAAUGCCAGGACUGAUAACGGACUUCCUCAUCUCGUUGGAUGAUCGCUUCCUCUACUUUGUUAAUUGGCUGCAUGGGGAUGUUAGGCAAUACAACAUUGAAGAUCCUGCUAAGCCUGUGUUGAGCGGCCAAGUAUGGGUGGGAGGACUCCUCCAAAAGGGGAGUGAUGUAGUCUACGUGACAGAGGAUGGGAAAGAAUUGCAGUUUGAUGUACCUCCUAUCAAGGGAAAUCGGCUCAGAGGAGGGCCACAGAUGAUCCAAUUGAGCUUGGAUGGGAAGAGAUUGUACGUGACCAACUCCCUCUUUAGCGCAUGGGACCGUCAGUUCUAUGGUCUGGAUCUUGUGAAGAAGGGCUCUCAUAUGUUACAAAUUGAUGUGGACACAGCGCGAGGAGGGCUGACGGUGAACCCAAACUUCUUUGUUGAUUUCGGGGCUGAACCUGAUGGCCCUUCACUGGCCCAUGAAAUGAGAUAUCCUGGUGGGGAUUGCACUUCUGAUAUAUGGAUAUAAAUAUGUGCAGCUUCUCUAGAAUACAAUGGAACGCAAAAAUAAAUUGAUGGUAGAUGGGUUGGGGGCAUUGUACAGCAAGACUCUUUAAUUGACUUCUAAUGAGUCCAGACAAAAUGAUGUUGAAUAAAUCCUGGGACCAUCUUUGUAAUCAUUGAGACAAAUAAGCAGUUGCACGCAA